UUCCCUACUCUGUCUGUCAGUCAGCAAUCCCUCACUGUCACCGACACUAGGGGGAUGGAGCAGCCUGAUCAUCUAUCGUGUGUGUGUUUGUGGGUGUGUGGGUGUGUGUGUGUGUGUGUGUGUGAGCAUCCCUCUAGCAGCCAGUCACACGUACUGCUGUUGAUGUCUCAGUUGGUGUCAGCAGCUCCACUUUUCAUCCUAAAUGUGUCGGCAGUGGGGGCUGAAAGCCUUCAAAAGACAAUCGCUCUCUGGCCUUUAAACAGUUCUAAAGGCCUCUGUUGUAGUGACAUUACCCAUUCAGUUCACACUUCCAAACCUCCGUGAACAAUGACUGCGUCCCACAAUGAGUGAACCGUGUCUGGUUAUGGUAACAAUACGUAAACUACACGCCAGGAAGGUUUAACCCACGGCCGUUAACAAAGUGAACUGUCGCUGCCUCGUUGCUGAACAGGGUCACAUCAGCCGAAUGAAGCCGUCUUGUGCAGCGGAGCACGCCCCGCAGAGAACCUUGGUCUCUCGAAUCAUUUUUGAGCCCCUGAAUUUAGGAGAUGUGAUGUUUUGUGACGAGCCUAUCUUUCACCGUGUCUGCGUUAUCGAUUGUCUGCUUCUAAGCGUUUAUUUUCCAGCUUUCAUCCGCAGUGUCAGAUGUGGAGCGCUUGCGUCAAAGACUGAUGGAUGGAUGAAUGGACACGGGACGAGUCGUAGGUCUGUGUUCAUUACCUUUAGAUGACGCUUAACAGCCUCCAGAAAAACUCACAAGGAAUCUUCAGAGGCCACUUUCACUAAACAUGCACGUGCGCUCAUUACUGCGUUGAAACUGUAGUCACCAAAAUGUGUGUCACUCUAAAUGGGGAAUUAAUUCCACUGCGAUAGUGGGGGCUCCAGCGACGAGGAGCAGAGGAAGAUCCUUUAAAUCUGAUGCCAACUUUAUUUGUGGGUGUCUAAUGCAAAGGUGAAGAAGCAUCAACCAGACAAAUAAUAUUGAUAAAGUCAUGUUUGCUUCUCUGCUCACUGUAUUUCCCUUAUAUCUCAUUAGUAUGUCCCUCCAGCUAAUUUCACUCUCACCGCUGCUGAGCUUUGGGGAAACAAUGAUCAAGAUGCAUGUUGACCUAGAGAGCCUUGACUGGACUGCGUGCUGGACGGCAGGCUGGCGUCAGGGUUCACGCAGCAACCAGCUGAAGUAAGGACGUUUGGGGAGACACCUGGGAAACGUAGGACGCGCCGUAGAGAGAUCUGUCUGUGUAUUAUGCCUGAUGAGAUGUCGAGGCCUUUAAUCCAAGGCAGUGGUGAUGGAGGCCGUUACAGGUAUCCAGAAGCCGCCACAGCUGAACCCAGCGAUCCAGUUAUUGGCAUCCUGGGUACAGGCGACUUCUCUCGCUCGCUGGCCAGAAGGCUGGUGGCCACCGGUUACCAGGUGGUGGUGGGAAGUCGAACCCCCAAGCGAGCCGUGGCCCUCUUCCCCGAAGAGGCUGAGGUGACCUCUCAGAUGGAGGCAGCCAGUCAGGCAGACCUGGUCUUCGUGGCCGUGUUUCCCGAGCACCACUCCACGCUGGUGGGCUUGAAGCCGGCACUGGCUGGAAAAACGCUGGUGGAUGUUAGCAAUGGUUUGCGGCUCAACCAGGAAGGGCCUUCCAACGCUGAGCAACUGGCCGACCUGUUCCCAGAAAGCUCUGUAGUCAAAGGGUUCAACACCAUAUCAGCCUGGACGCUCCAGGUGGGACCGCGGGAUGGAAGCAGGCAGGUUUUGCUGUGCAGUGACAGUCGGGAAGCCAAGAGCGCUGUGAUGCGCGUCUGUCGCAGAAUGGGCUUCAUCCCUGUCGAUAUGGGUCUCCUCUCCUCUUCCCUGGAGAUUGAGAACCUCCCGCUGUAUCUGUUCCCUUCAUGGCGCGUCCCCAUGCUCUGCACGCUCUGCCUGUUCAUCUUCUUCUACCUGUACAACUUCACCCGUGACGUCCUGCAGCCCUAUAUCACCGCAGGGAAGAGUGCUUUCUACAAAAUGCCCAUUGAGCUCGUUAACGUCACCCUUCCCUCGGUGGCGCUGGUGAUGUUGGCGCUGGUCUAUCUGCCUGGCUUAUUCGCUGCCUUCCUCCAGCUGACGUGGGGCACUAAGUACAAGCGCUUCCCCAACUGGCUGGACCGGUGGCUGACGAGGAGGAAACAGUUCGGGCUGUGUAGCUUCCUGUGCGCCGUUCUGCACGCCAUCUACAGUCUGUGUCUGCCGAUGAGGAAAUCUGCCCGCUUCAAAAUGCUCAACUUGGCUUUUAAACAGGUAAAAGAUAACGUGGAGGACUCGUGGGUCGACACAGAUGUGUGGAGGAUGGAACUCUACCUGUCUGUGGGCAUCAUGGCCCUCGGACUGCUGUCUCUGCUGGCUGUCGCGUCCCUUCCCUCUGUGGCCAACACUGUCAACUGGAGGGAGUUCAGCUUCAUACAGUCCAUACUAGGUUACUGUGCCUUGUCCAUGGCCUCCCUCCACACAGUCCUCUAUGGCUGGGACCGUGCCUUCACCUCGGCCCAGUACCGCUUUUACCUGCCUCCCACAUUCCUACUGGUCCUGAUUCUGCCUCUCACGGUCUUGCUGGGCCGUCUGGCUCUCUUCAUGCCGUGCGUGGCUCAGCGACUCCGACAGAUCCGCCGCGGCUGGGAGAGGAGCAGGAACAUCCGCUUCACUCUGCCAGACGACAGCGGCUGCAACGGGCUGGAGGACGUCACCAACGUGUGAGAGGCAUGCAUGUUAGAUGUGUGUAUGAAGACCCAGGCCCACGGACAACUGUAAAACAAGAGCUCUUUUUCAUGUGAGCGCAUGAAUUUAAACACCUGUCACCUGUAGCCGCAGAGAAGGUAAAUGAUUUAGAGACUUUAGCUGUGUAUUGAAAGCUGGUCUCUAAAGUCAAUGAAGAGGUUUAAGGUGUGAGCGAUUGUUUCUAUCAAAUGAAUCAGUUCUUCCUUAGAGAAACUUGACAGUACAGUAGCGUCCUUAUAAUUAUUGCACUAUAUACUCAAAUCAAACUUUUUAGUUUGUCUCUCUACUUUUAAUUUAUUGUUUCUGUUGUUACUUAAGCCAGAAUGAAAGAAGAACUGUAUUAGUUUCUGGUUAAAUUAAUGCAAAACAGUCACUGUUACAAUUUGAAACACUGACGUGGCCUCGUCUUCAUAGGUCAACAUUUAUAAAUGAUGAUUUUAAUGCUGUAAUGUGUUUCCCUAAGGUGAGGUCAGUGCUUUUUUUUACUUCUUCAACACGUCUAUGAAAUAUGAAACAUCAAUCUGCUGUCACAGGAGCUGUUUAAAAAUUAUUGGGGUAGGACAAAACCUUAUGCCACACUAUUUAAAAAUCAAGACCAUCUCUCCAACAUAUUUAAUAUUUUAUUUGAAGUCUUCCAGUGAACUCUCUUAUUUAUCACUAAAAGGUUUCACACACAAUCAUAUUGCACACACAUCCUAACAACACAAACAUAUUCACACCAUCUUGGCACUUGAUCCAAAAGUAGAGUGGAUGAAGUUUUAGAGACAGACAACCACAUCUGAACAUAUUAGUAAUGUUACAAAAUAAAAUAAGCUACAGCCAACAUUUCAUCUCACUACACUGAUACCGAUGUGUGAUGCUGUACUUGAGUUGUGAACUUGUAUUUUAAAAAUAGUAGACAUUUGUGUCUGCUGUGUUUCAUAUCCCACCAAAUCAUUUUUAUACUGUUUCAUAUUCUGGUAUUGUUGUUUAACUCUAAUUUGCCUAGUGGAAGUAAAGUGAAACACUUGUUCACUGUGGGUACUGUUGGUAUUAUUAGUGUUGUAUUAAUACAACCUGAUGAAGAUGUGGUUUAAAAAAUGUAAGUUGGCUGUUACACAUUUUUUGUUUGAACAAUGAAAAAGUUCAAAUAAAAAACAAAAGAAAGUGUUCUGUUUAAAAGUAAUUUGUAUUGUCUGUUUCUUUACCAAAGUAUCAUUUUGGUAAAAGACGGACAUAUUUUAUAAAUGUAAAUUAAAGUGUCAUAGUUAUGUCCCAAUAUAUAUAUAACAUGAAUGGAAAUAUUUAGAACAGAGAUUUCUAGAAUGAGCAAUAAAACGUUUUAUACAUCA